AAGACAAGUAAACGAAAUGAAACUAAUUCCAACGCUAUCGUGUCCUUCUCUCCCUUCUCUUCUCUUCUUCUGCUAACACCGCUUCCAAUACUAACAAACAAACACGCCCUCGGAAUUCGAUAUUCCAACUAUUCAUUCCUUAAUCCUUAUUCCCUUCCCUGUUUCAUUGCUUCUUCUUCUUUUAAACAAUAACAUUGCAACACACUUAACACUAUAUUACUUCACACUCUCUCUCACACACAAGCUUCACAACAACCAGUUCCCUCGCCAGAAUUUUGGGAAUCGUGCAAUAAUAUUAAACCACAAUUAUUGCAGAGGGAGGUUAUCAACAGUUCCUUGAAGAAGAUGGAUGUUUGCAGCCCUCUUAAAUCCGAUACUAAACUAAAUCACCAACCUCUGACCCCUCUUAGGUUGUUAAGGGGUCUGUUAUGUUUAGUGGUGUUUCUUUCCACAGCUUUUAUGUUCUUAAUCUAUUUUGCACCAGUGGCAGUUGUAGCGUUGAGGCCUUUCAGCACACAUUAUAGUAGGAAGACAGUGUCAUUCAUCUUUUCGCUUUGGUUAGCUCUGUGGCCCUUUCUAUUUGAAAAGAUAAACAAAACUAAAGUUGUCUUUUCUGGUGAUAGUGUUCCGUCAAAGGAACGUGUUUUACUUAUUGCUAAUCACAGAACUGAGGUUGAUUGGAUGUACUUGUGGAAUCUUGCACUUCGUAAGGGAAGACUUGGAUGCAUAAAAUACAUCCUUAAAAGCAGCUUGAUGAAAUUGCCUAUAUUUGGUUGGGGAUUUCACAUUCUGGAGUUCAUUGCAGUGGAGAGGAAGUGGGAGAUAGAUGAGAAAAUACUGCACCAUAAGCUUUCGACACUAAAGGGUCGUCAAGAUCCUUUAUGGCUAGCUCUUUUUCCAGAAGGAACCGAUUAUACUGAACAGAAGAGUCAAAAUAGUCAAAAAUAUGCUUCUGAAGUUGGGCUACCUGUGCUGAAAAAUGUGUUGCUGCCAAAAACAAAAGGGUUUCAUGCUUGCUUGGAAGCUCUACGAGGCUCAUUGGAUGCAGUGUAUGAUGUGACUAUCGCUUAUAAAAAUCAAUGUCCAACUUUUCUGGACAAUGUCUUCGGUGUGGAUCCGUCUGAAGUCCACCUACAUGUUUUGCGGAUUCCGGUGGAUGGGAUUCCAGCUUGUGAAACUGAAGCUGCUUCAUGGCUAAUGAACGCAUUCCAGAAGAAGGAUCAAUUGCUCUCUGAUUUCAAGGUUCAUGGUCAUUUCCCUAACCAAAUAAAUGAAAAGCAACUUUCAACAUCCAAGUGCAUCGUUACUUAUACUUUGGUGGUUGCUUUCACUGCGCUGUUCACAUAUUUCACCUUUUUCUCUCACAUUUUGUUCAAGUUAUACGUAGGUCUAUCAUGUGCGUAUCUUGCUAUUUCAACGCGCUAUGAUUUUCAAUUGAUGCCUUUUACAUUCUAUGUUAAUGCACUCUUUAACAGCAAGAAACAAAAGAGUGGAUAAUGUUGUUAAUUGUAAGUGGCCAAUGUACAAUUUUGGAAUUGAUAUUUGAAUUGUAAAUCAUUUGUUGCUGUUUGUUGGAAAUUCAGGAAAUUAGGGUCACAGUUGUACAGUUGUUGCAA